AUGAACAGUGAGAGUGAGAUACAGGAAAGCUGUCCAUCUUCAACCUCUGACUCUGUUCUCACUUCUGCUACUACCAGCAGCGGUGGUGGCAGCAGCAGCUCCACCAGAGACAGCUACCUCAAACACCUCAACAAGCUUUCUCACAAGAUCUCAAAACCCACAACCUCAAACAACAACACCUUCCUUAAAAAACCCAACUUUGAAAAUCCAACACCUCCUCCUGCUCCUCCUCCUGUUCCUCUUCCUCCACAACCUCAACAGCAACAACAGCAACAGCAACAGCAACAUCAGCCUCCGGUGUACAACAUCAACAAAAACGACUUCCGCGACGUCGUUCAGAAGCUCACCGGCUCCCCCGCCCACCACGACCGCUUCUCCAACCCGCAGCCGCCGGCGGUCCACCCGCCCAAGCCCCAAAUUAGCUCACGGCUCCAGCGCAUCCGCCCUCCCCCCCUCGCUCACGUUAGCAACCGCCCCCCUCCCUCGCUAGAAUGCGCCGCCCCGCCCACCAACCCCAACGCCAUCAACAACUCCAUCAUUCCACCCAUGGGUUCCGCCGUCGCUCACUUCAACUCCAUUGGACGGUCCACAACCCCGCUCUCGCCUCUCCCUCCUUUCCCAACCGUACACGCGGCGGCCGAGUCCCCCGUCUCCGCCUACAUGCGGUACCUCCACAACUCAAUCUCAGCCGUCGAUGCUAACAAAAACCAGGCUUUCUCGGGAUUCUCGCCGCUGGCCCCACUCGUGUCGCCGCGCUGGACCAAUCAGACGCCGCAGCAGAAUCAGCAGGCUGGGCCCCCACAGCAGGGGAUGCUUUCCUCGGCGAGUCAGCAACAACCGCCGGCGACGGCGAUAUCGUCACAGCCGCAGUUCACUCUGCCUCAGUCACCGCUUCCGUUUGGGUGCUUGAAUUCGCCGCGGUCACCGUACCCUUUGAUGUCCCCAAAUCAAUUAGGGUUUCCUCAGCUUCCGCUCUCGCCGACAGUGCCUGUUCCAAGCCCUAGAUGGAGAGGUUUCUAA